CACUUUCUCUCUUUCUCUCUCCUCCCUCUCCUCUCUGUGCACCGCAAAGCAGCAAGAAAAGUCCAACACCAUAUAAAUAAAUAAACACGCACCAUUGUAGCUACUUGGACUUCAAAUUUCCAAUCCCAAAUUCCAAAUCCCAUCCACCAAAUUCACAUAAAUCGAACCAUCCAGACUCCAGAAACAAAACCCAGAUCGUAGAUUCAGAGAUUCAUCAGAAACAUUUCAGAAAUCAAUCCGAUGGCUGAGGGGCUUCAGAGGUCUGAGAGCACGUUUAGGAGGCAGGGCUCGUCGGGGUUGAUUUGGGACGACAAGUUUCUACAGCGGGCGCUGAACCAAGUGGAGGCGGAGAAGCAGGCAGAGGCAGCUCAGCAGGCUCAGGGCGGCGGCACAGCAGCACCCACCAUGGAGCGGAGCCGAUCCAACGGAGGAAAGGGGUAUCGGACCGUCAAAGUUUCGCCACAAGCGACGGACCCGCCUUCCCCGAAAGUCUCCGGCUGCGGGAUCUGCGGCGCGUUUGGAAAACCGAAGCCGGCGUCGGCGCGUCGGCCGAAAUCGAACAAACGAAGGUCGUAGAAUUAAUUAAUUCUUGAAAUUUGUACUUAAAAUUUGUUAGCUGUUUCUUGUUUUAAUUGGAAAAACACUGCACUGCCAAGUUUUUUUUUUUUUUUUUUAAUUUUAAUUUUCUAAUGUUAUUAGAGAAUUGUGGGGGGGGGAGAAGGAUUAUUUAAUGCUGAAAAUACGGUUUGGUACAUACGGUGUAUUAGGAUAAUUAAUUGAAAUUUUUUUCUCGAAUUUUAAUCAAUUAUGUUAUUACACUUGUGUAUCGAGUCCACCGGCAUACUGGAAAAUUUCUGAGAAGAAGGUGUGAUUGUAAUGUAAUGUUAAAAUGUAUAAUUAAAUACUUUUGGUGUGUCCGGUGAGCUACAGUAAUAUCCCAUUUGAAUUCUCAA